AUGGGUGUAAUGCGCUUCCCACGACCAUCGGGCAUCUAUGUCCCAAGCUCACCCACUCGCUUGCUCACCAACGAUAUGAUCUCUCCUCCUCUUUCCCCAGACUUCAACUUUGACUCCGAAGUCGUUCUUCCAUCUAUUCUUCCUGCCCUCGAGUAUAUUUCCUCCAAGUUGCAACAAAAGACCAUGCACGUCACACUUUUGGUCGGUCGCGGCAAGCCAUACCCAACUGGCCAAGCCUCCGAUCUCAUGAUCAUCCCUAUCACACCUCUCGAUCUUCCUUCACGGCGUGUACUGGAGCGAGCGAUUGCAAAAGGGGCGAAGAGAUUCUCCCUUGGCCCAAGCUGGACAGAAGCACUCAGCCGCAGCCAGCAUGAACGCCAUGCGAACGAGUGCCUCGUGCAACAAUCCAUCCUCCAGAACGAAGUCAUCUUUAGCCAAGAAGGCCUGACUCUUCUAAACAUGGAUCGCAUCUAUAUCUUUAAACGUCGCAUGUGCAUUCUCUCAAACCGCCCCUUCUCCCGAUCGGACGAACAGCCCUUGAAUUCUUGCGUACAACUACUUCACCGCAUCAUCAAAGAUUUCCAAGGCCGCCCCUUCAGCAAGGCCUUUUUCCAUCGCGUCUAUGAACAAUUAGACGUAAAGGACGACCUACUCGCUGCCGUUGCCACUGCAUAUAAAAAAAUACACAAUCAAGAAGCCAUCAUCCUGCCAUCAAAAGCCAAGUCAGAAAAUUCUCGAAAGUCGCCGGUCCACACCGUGCCGAUUCGCACUGUUCGUGCCCGUCGGCAACCAGUGGUAAAGACAAUCCCCUCCAAGCCUGGUACAAACAAGGCACUGCUAGCAAAGCCAUCGGCCGCAAAAGGAGUCGCACAGAAGACGAGUCCCAGUCCCGUGAGGGCAAGCCCUCUAAAGUCGAGCACCAUGAAGCCUCCUUCAGUCAGGCGUGGGCCCAAAACUCCACUCUCGGCAUCGGAUGUUACUCCAAUCACACGAAAUGAGUGGAAUAUUCUUGUCGGUCAGGACAUUCGGCUACAACCAACAGUCACAAAGUGGACUCCAUCGCCUACUGUGUACGCUAUGGCUUGA